GCAUCACUUUAUUCAAAUACUGAGCAGAGUCAUCAUGCAAGAGGGUAUAGAGAGAGAGAGAGAGAGAGAGAGCCGGUGGUCUUCUCCAGCCUCUGUCCUCCUUUGCUGUGUCUUUCUGUCUGAGAGUACAAUCAACUUCUCCCAUUCUCUAAUCUUCGCUCGGAGAAGGUCAGUUUUUCCGGCGACGAUGAGGCUCGUCCUCACAGGAUUCCUGCUACUACUGCUUGUCAGCGCUCCUCUCUUUGUAGGCGCUCAGAAGGCGGGUUCCAACUCUACUCGUGCCUGGAAGACUCUCACUGGAAGCCGGCCGGUGGUGGUGGGGAGAGGCGGGUUCUCAGGGCUGUUACCGGACUCAAGCGGGGUCGCCUAUCAACUUGGGCAGAUGCUGAGCUCCCCGGAUGGGGUUUCCUGGUGCGACGUACAGUUGGCGAAGGACGCAGUCGGUCUGUGCGUCCGCGACCUCAAUCUUGCCAAUUCCACCAACAUCCGAAGUAUCUUCCCAAAGGGGGCCAAGACUUAUGACGUUAAUGGCGUUUCCAUGACCGGGUGGUUCACCGUUGAUUAUGACUCAUCAGUCCUAACCACCAAUAUCAGUUUGGUUCAGGCACUAUAUUCUCGAUCGUCCAUGUUUGAUCUAAUGUACGGAAUUCUCACAGUUGACGUUCUGCCGAAGUUGAAUGUUUCACAUGUUUGGUUGAACGUGGAGCAUGAUGUCUUCUUUACAGAGCAUAAAUUGAACAUGACAGCAUAUAUUCUUACUAUAUCAAAGAACAUAACAGUUGAUUACGUUUCAUCUCCUGAAGUGGGUUUUCUGAGGAGCAUUGCACCAAGUUUUAAUGGGAGCAAGACCAAGCUAAUCUUAACCUUUCCAGAUUCAGCAUCAAUUGAUCCAUCUACUAAACUAUCCUAUAACUCUUAUUUGAAGAACUUGACAUUUGUUAAGACAUUCGCUUCUGGAAUUCUAGUGCCAAAAAGUUAUAUAUGGCCCACUGGUGCAGAUCGGUAUCUACUUCCUCAUACAUCUCUUGUACUAGAUGCUCAUGCUGCAGGAUUGGUAGUCUUUGCAUCUGGUUUUGCAAAUGAUAAUGCCUUAAGCUACAAUUACGCGUACGAUCCUGUGGCUGAAUACCUGUCCUACCUCAAGAGUACAGAUUUCUCUGUUGAUGGUGUACUGUCAGACUUCCCUGUAACUGCAGAAGUAGCAACAGAUUGCUUCAGUAAGGCCUCAAAUCGUUCCUCUGUUCUAGAAAAACCUUUGGUCAUCUCCUUUCUGGGAUCCAGCGGAAUAUAUGCUGGCUGCACUGAUCUUGCAUAUCAACAAGCUAUAUACGAUGGAGCUGAUAUCCUUGAUUGCCCAGUUCAAAUGACAAAGGAUGGAGUUCCUAUAUGCUUAAAUACUACAGAUCUUGUGCCUAGCACAACAGUUUCUACAUCAAAUUUUUCUUCUCUUUUGAAAACCAUUCCAGAGAUUCAGCAACAAGGCGGAGUCUUUACCUUCGACCUCACAUGGGAGGAAAUUCAAACCUUAAGACCGGUAAUAGAAAGUCCAUAUGGUUUUCAAGGUCUUUUCCGCAAUCCACGUUAUGCUAAUGCUGGGAAUUUUACGACCUUACAAGAAUUUUUGGCUUUCACAAAAAAUCACCCUAUCACUGGGGUCCUGAUUGACAUUCAGAAUGCUGCCUACCUUGCACAAAACCAAGGUCUCGACAUAGUGAAUAGUGUAAUCAAAGCUCUGGAUAGUGUUGGUUACAACCAAACCAAGCAAAGGGUGAUGAUCCAGUCUGUGGACAGUGCGGUGCUGAUUAAGUUAAAAGAAUUAACCAAUUACACACUUGUCUACAAGGUUACUAGUUCCAUUAGCAGCAUCCUACCUUCUGCUAUCCAGGAGAUUAAAAAGUUUGCAAGUGCUGUGUCCAUAAGGAAGGAAUCAGUGUUCACACUUAAUAAUUAUUUCACUUCAGGAUUAACGAGUGUCGUUCAGAAUAUCACUUCUGCAAACUUGACUGCAUAUGUAUAUGAUUUGAGAAAUGAGUUUACCUCUGUCUAUUCAGACUUUUUCUCUGAUCCAAACACACAAGCUGGUGCAUAUCUUAAGACAGGUUUGGGUGGCCUCAGCACUGGAUUUCCAGCUACUGCAAAGGCAUACUUGAACAAUGCAUGUUAUGAUCUUGAAAAUGCACCACUUUACAAGCAAAUUCCAGUAGCUGGUUCACUUCUGUCUUAUCUUCUUUCAAAUCCCCCGCCCGCACCAGCUCCAUAUGCAUCUCUUACAAAUGUAACACAACAAGCCCUGCCCCCUGUCAUGCAGAGACCGCCGAACACUACUGUGCCAUCUUCUGCACCUCCACCACAGCCUCCGAGCAGUGCCUCAGGAAUCUUGUCAUAUAGUACCAUUUUCUAUGUUCACAUGCUGUUGUUGUUAAGCCUCCUAUUACAAGCUUAGAAUAUAACUGGCUUGACGUUCUGCAUUGUUUACAGCGAAAACCCUCUUUUCACUUCCUCUUGCGGCUGGUGAGAUACUAUUGAAUCAUGUUAAAUUUUAUGAAAUUAAUUGUUUAGAGUUGUUCUCUUGCUUUCA